GUGUGGCAUGGUUUAUAUUGACCCUGACGAGUUGAAGUGGUAUCCGUAUGUCAAGACAUGGAUGACACAGUGGGAAAAGAAAAUGUCACCUGAAGCGCCCGAAUACAUUCUCAAGCUAUUUGAAACAUACGUGGAAGAUGGGCUGCAAUUUGUUAUUAAAAAAUGCACACAGGCCAUCAAUCAGGUGGAUAUAAGCAAAGUAACAACAAUGUGCAAGCUCAUGGAGUCCAUCUUGUUCUACAAACAUGGAAGUGUAGACUGGGCCACAGAGCCCGGCAAACUCAAUAGACUUCUGCUGCAGAUCUUCGUCUUCUGCUACAUUUGGUCGGUGGGUGGAAACAUAACAGACGACAACUGGGAUGCAUUUGAUGUGUUUGUUCGUCAGCAGUUUGAAGAGAAUCCUGACGCAAAGCUGCCCGGGUCAGCCUCCCUGUGGUCUUACUUUGUAGACAUUGAAGGAAAGCGCAUGGACAUGUGGGAUAAGCUAGUGGGCUCAUUUCGAUUUGACAGAUCUGUGUCAUUUUUCAAGAUGCUUGUGCCAACGGUGGAUACCACCAGGUUUGGCUAUCUGCUGGAGCGGUUGAUUUCUGUGGAGAAGCCAGUGCUUUAUACAGGAGGGACAGGUGUGGGAAAGUCUGUAAUUGCCCGAGACUUGCUGGAUAGAAUAUCAGAUAGAUUAAAUUAUGUGCCAAUAUACAUCAACUUCUCUGCCCAGACCAGUAGCAACAGGACACAAGAAAUGAUUGAAGGGAAGUUGGAGAAAAGAAAGAAAAAUAUCAUAG